AUUAUGUACAAUGUAUACUACAAUUUUGCUGUAGUUCGACUUUAUAAAUAGAAAUUUAUCACCAGGAUAUCACGAACUUCUGAUUAAAGUAUAUAUUUGCAAGGGAUUCGAAUUUACUUGAUCAAGAUUUGAUUAGACAUGAAAGUGUUACAUAAUCUUGAAGUACUUGAAAAGGUGUGAAUCCACCUAAAAAUAAGACUUAUUAUCUUCUCUCUCUAUAUGUUAAUAGGAUGUUCCAAUCUUUAUAGUUAAAUUUCUACUUAAAAUGCUACUAACAUGUUUUAAAAUAUCUGAAAAGAAUUCUGCAAAAGAAUCUUUAAACAGACUCGAACACAAAUCAGAUAAAUUGUAAGUAUGCACAAUAGAUUCUAUCUAUCUUAUUAUAUUUGAUCCCACCAUUAUUAAAUAUGCUAUAUCUGAAUCCACUGCUAGUUAGUUCAAUCUCCCCUGGACAAUACACUUUACUUGUAUCUUUUGAAAAAGGAUUUGUUAAUAUUUCCAUAUAAAAAGAAGAACUGUCUGCCUUCAUUAAAAACAAUCAGGCAAUGGAAAGAGCUUCCAGCUAGCAACCUGACUCGAAAGUGUUCACCUGGUUAAACGAGUAGGAUGAGUAGCACAACGUUCUGAAAAAAAUCCACGUUUCGCGUCUGGUACGGUGAUGGCACCCAAAUGCCCCUUUUACCUUCGACGAUGAUCAUAACGCGUUGUAGAUCCCCUCCAGAGGUGAGUUGAGGAUGUAAGCGCCACAGAGACCCCCGUAUAGCGUUGCGGAUGCACUCAUGGAUAUACCCCUCCUCGAAAUAUCUCUAUGCUUAGGGCGACUAGCCGUCUAGGCGGAGGAAACAUUCGCUAUAAAAGGCACCGUAGCCACGGGGAAUUCGUCAGAGGAGUGACGAACCGUAACCAAAAAAAAAAAAAAAAUAAUAAUAAUAAUAAAGGCGGCAGCCUUUGCCGUUUUUUCCUCGUCAUCGCGCGGUGAACAACACCCCUCAAGCUUGUGAAGAUGCGGUCUAGCCUGUUAUUCCUGUGUUGCUUCCUUUUCGUCUCUGCUCUUGGGGACCCGAUAAGGACCAAGAAAGAAGCACCUCUAAGCCCACCUGCAAGCCAAUAUGGCCCACCUGCGACCUCUUAUGGAGUUCCAAACGUAGGAAGCUCCUACAACGCACCAUCUGAUUCUUAUGGUGCUCCACCACCACCAUCUUCCUCUUAUGGUGCACCUUCCUCUUCUUACGGUGCUCCAUCAGGACCAUCCUCUUCCUACAACGCACCAUCAUCCAGUUAUGGUGCUCCAUCAGGUCCAUCCUCUUCUUACGGUGCACCAUCGUCCAGUUAUGGUGUUCCAUCAGGUCCAUCCUCUUCUUACGGUGCACCAUCGUCCAGUUAUGGCGUUCCAGCAGGCCCAUCCUCUUCUUAUGGUGCACCAUCAUCCAGUUAUGGCGCUCCAGCAGGCCCAUCGUCUUCCUAUGGUGCUCCAUCCGAUCACGGUGCUGAUCACGGUUCUUUUGGAGGCGAUCAAGGAUAUAGCAGCGGUGGAUCCUUUGGUGAUGAUCAUGGAAAUGGAGGUGGUCAUGGAUCUUUUGGAGGUGACCAUGGAUCCUUUGGAGGUGGACAUGGAUCCUUCGGAGGCGGUCAUGGAUCCUUCGGAGGCGGUCAUGGAUCCUUUGGAGGCGACCAAGGUUCAUUUGGAGGAGAUCACCAUGGAGGAGGAGCAGGCGGAGGAGGAGGAGACCACCAUGGAGGAGGAGGAGGAGGAGGAGACCACCAUGGCGGUGGUGGUAGUGGAGGAUUAUCAACUUCCUAUGGUGCUCCAGCACAAUCUUAUGGCCCCCCAGCGCAAUCUUAUGGACCACCAGCGCAAUCCUAUGGACCACCAGCGCAAUCCUAUGGGCCACCAGCUCAACCUCAAGGAAAAUGGGAGAAAAAAUUAACGUGGAAAGCAGAAUGGAAGCAAAUCUGGAAAACAGAACAGAAAUUAAUCUGGAAACAAGAAUGGAAAAAAGUUCAAGUACCUGUUUGGAAGGAAGUUCAGGUUCCAGCGUGGAAAGAAGUUAAGGUACCAGUUUGGAAGAAAGUCCAGAAGCCUAUUUGGAAAGAGAUCCAAGUGCCAGCGUGGAAAGAGGUUCAAGUACCAGCCUGGAAAAAAGUUUGGAAGCCAGUUUGGAAAGAAGUACAGGUACCUAUAUGGAAAGAAGUUCAGGUACCUGACUGGAAGAAGGUCUGGGUCCCUGAGUGGAUUAAAAUAGGUAUUCCUGGUGAACAAUAUGUUGGUAAGGAUCAUCAUGGUUGGCAGUAUACCAGUCAUGAUCUUUGGAAGAAGAAACUGAUUUGGAAACCUGUAUGGAAAAAGAUCUGGAGGACAGAGAAGAAGCAAGUCUGGGUUAGUGAGAAGAAACUAGAGUGGAAAGCUGAAUGGAAACAGAUCUGGAAGACUGAAAAGAAACAGGUCUGGGUUAGCGACAAGAAAUUGGUUUGGAAAGAGGAAUCGGUUCAGGUCUGGGUACCUGAGAAGAAGCAAAUUUGGGUAACACAGAAGAAGCAGGUAUGGAAGGACGAAUGGAAGAGCAAAUGGGUGCCAGUGUGGAAGGACGUACAGGUGCCAGCGUGGAAGAAGAUAUGGAAGCCCGUUUGGGAGAAAGUUUGGGUACAGGCUGAACCUCACCACGACGAACACCAUGGAUACAAGUAAAACUCCUGCCAUGAGAUUCUUCGUUCGAUCUUUACUCAUCUGAACGACAAAAUCGUUCAUCGUUGUUCAAAUUUUUUGCUAGUGUAGCCGUAGCCUGGGGGUCAAAGGUUCGCGAAUCGCGAAAGUCGCCAUCGUUGCGUUCUUUUUGUUCUCUUUCGCCUUUCGGAGAAAAAACGAGGACUCCGCCGUUGUUUGCGAUUACGGUAACGGAGUCCAGAUCGUCUUAUUUUAUGUCUGUAGGAAGCCAUGUAAACCAUGUAAAAUUACAUGAAAGUACCGUGGAAAAGAGGAGACUUUAUUCUCGGUAGCGAAAGAAUGUCACGUUAAUGAGUAAUUUUAUAAUAGAAAAUUUUGAAGUUAUUGAUGUCAAAUUGAUUGUGAUUUUAGAAUAGAAGAACAAUAAUAUCUUUCUCUUUUUUGGAGAAAUAUCGAGAAAUUAUUUUGCUGCGAGAUUAUUACUCGUAUGCUACCAUUUUUCUAGGUGAAAUGUUUAAUUAAUUAUUUCUUUGUUUCAAAUAUUUGUUUCGGGAGAUUAUUAUCAAGAGAUCUUAUCAUUUGUAUUCUGUUUGUUGUUCUGAUUGAGAUUUUCUGUUUAAUUAUGUUUUUGAUUAAAUCUUAAAUUAGGGACAUUACUAUUGGGAAAUUAACAUUAAUAUUCAUGUACAACAGAACCUAUUGUCGAUUAGAAAAAAUGCAAAGUCUUUAAAAUAAAUUCUGCCAUGCAUCUUAAAAGAACCGGUAGUCAAAAUAGGAAAUUUUAUACGAUUCCGCGUUACAUAGUAGAGUAAGAAUCGUCAUUCGUGCUUGAACAAGCCAUGUAUGACAAAUCGAAUAUAAUUAUUUUCUUUGUUUACUUGUAAAUAACGAUUCCUCACGGAAGCAUAUGUAGAUAUAGAUAUUUUUGUACAAUGUUUGUGUAUGUUAUCGUAAUAAAGUACAUUUUUUUUAUA